GUCUUCUGUCACUUUUCCAUAAACGAACACUGUAACAUGGAGAUAUGGCCAUUGGGAAACACGCGAUGUCUGUUAAUGUUCACAGCGAGCAUCGGGGCUCUUAACACCCCCUUGUCAGAAGAUCAGCCUACUGUCAAAAGGCGCUAAAGCAUUUAGCCUCUAUGAAUGGGGCAGCCUACUUCCAAUUUAGUGCUGAAGACACCCAGGCCUCACAAACAAUCUGUACUUGAUGUAGGCCAUUUUAUUUGACUGGAAUUUUGCUUGGCAUGGCAUCUUUUCUUAGAUAUGACAUCACGCAAUCGACUACUCUGUGCUUCUCCAUCGCCGAGGGAAAGUAGAGCUCAGAGAGUGAUUACUACUGCCUGAAUCAGUCUUGUUUUCAUGGAAUGAACUGUCAGUCAGUGGAAUAUCAUCUCGCUUCUAGUCCAACACUUGCUAAAUGGUGAGUGGCUAGUCUGCCACACCCAGCCUGCGUUGCCAUGGACGCCUGUGCCCGUAUCCGAGGAGUUCCUCUCAGGACCAGAGCCUCCAUCAGGAAAGAGACGGUGCGUGACAGUGGGCCUCAGUGUGUGAAGAGCCUUCUGAGGAGCAGGAAGGAGCUGUGCAGCAUGGGACUGGAGCUACAGACCAGAGACACACCACGCCUGACUGAGAUCAAUUUUGUGUGUUUGCCUGGCCUCUCUGAAGGGGAGGAUCUAACUCUACAGGCCCUGUCGUCUCUCCCAGGGGACCUGGCAGAGCUCCUGAGGUCUCCCCACGUUACCAGUCUGAGGAACGAAGAGGUGCUGCUGCUGAAGGACAGCAGGAAACCAGCCGACAGGAGGGACUCUACUACACAGCAGUGCUCGAUAAAGGCGGUGUGUGUUGUAAGGCACAGCUCCAGCCCGAGUCAGGCCAUUGUUGGUGUGUUGGUGGGCCUGCUGGGGCGUUAUGCUGCGGGGGUCCGUUAUGCCCUGGAGCUCCAGGCCCUCCACAGGGGCACGGCAGAACCCUGCCAGCCCGAGGACGAUGACACCAACCAGUCUGUGUCUUCUAUCGAAGAUGACUUUGUCACUGCUCUGGAACACCUAGAAGAGGAGGCCACUGGAGAGAGUAUCAACGCCAAUGACUCUUAUCUCCAUGGAAACCACCGUGAUGUGGCCUCCCAGACAGUCCCUGCCCACAAGAGAGACAAUGACCUAUCAGGCUCCAGGAUCAUAAUCAGCUCUUCCCACAGGAUGUCCUCAACCAAUCGUAGGCCUCCUCCAGAGGUGUCCGUUACCGUACAGUGCUCCAGAAGGGCAGAUUCCCAGUGGACCCUCUGCAGCCCUAGAGCCCGGCUCCCCUCCCCCACACGUCCUGUCAGCGAAUCAGAGGAGUCGGACGGGUCCAGCCCUAGUCCAAUCAUCUUCCUAGAUGAGGUUGGCUACCAGAAAAGUCUCAAAGCGACACUGGACAUCCCUCAGAUCCCCGGGGGGCCGACGGACAGGGUGGAGGACUCUGACUCUGAGGUCAGCGAGUUCUUCGACAGCUUUGACCAGUUUGACGACCUAGACGAGUUGAGCUCAGAGAGCUGUACACUCACCUUGCCUUUAGACCCGACUUCCUCUGUUAUCAUUACCGGCCCAGACCAGAAGAAGAAGUACUCUGGUACUGGCAAGUCAGGGUCCAAGAAAGUGUCCCGAAGCUGUUCCACCAUGAACCCUCACCGGUUUGACCAGCGCACCCUCCCUGCGAAUGUGAAGAAGCCCACCCCACUCAGAAGUCCCCUCCCCCUUGGCUCUCCGUAUGGAUCCCCUGACUCCCCACGGCCGGCCCGGACCUCCUGUGAGGAAGGUGGAGGUCCUCUGUUUAGCCCCGUUAGCUCCUCAGCCUUCAGCCCACUCGGAGAUGGAGCUCUGGAUUACUUCUGGAAGACAGAGGGAGAUGGAGGAGAUGAAUCAGAGCUAAAGAAACCCCAGGACCUGUGUUCCCUCUACAAGACUUACUCAGACUUUGCCAGCAGUCUGUCCAAGGAGAUCCUGGGCUCCGUGUGUGGAUACCAGUCUCCCGUGGACCUCAACGACAACAAGAACCUGAGCUGUGUCUGUCACAAGGAGUUCCAGAACCAGUCUGGACACGUCAUGAAGCUGUCUGAGAUCCAGGAGACGGUGACUGUCUCCAAGCUGCAGCAGAAGCCCCAGUCUCUGAAGGACGGCAUACAGAGGUUCGCUACAGACUUGGUAGAGAUGAGUCUGGGCAGCGCUCUGAGAGACCUGCAGAAGGGAGUGUCCUCUUGCACCACCACCCUCUGCCACCUGGCUGCCAGACUCACCUCGUCUGUCUUCCAGAUGGCCUUCCAGGAGAUCGGCAUGCGCCGCGCCUACGUCCUGAAGGAACGGGCCAUCAACGGGCUGGCUGGGUUCCUGGUGGGAGAGGCAGUGUCGGGCGCUCUGAAGGACUUCCUGACCGUGAAGAAGCAGAUGUUCAACAGCGCCGUGACUCAGUUUGCCGCCGACCUGGCGGAGGAACUAGUGUAUGAGGGGAUGAUGGAAGUGUGUCAGUUCUCCCACCCCUCCACCCCCCUCACCCCCAGUGACUGGUCCUUCAGCGUGGGGGAGGAGGACGAUGAGGAGGUGGUGUCCUCCUAUGCCUCGGACCUCUCUGAGUCUGUCCUCCAGGAGGCUUUCAUCGAACUGUCCCAGGCUGAUGUGGCCUUCACCACCCAAGCAGCCAUCAGUGUCUCUCUGGACAACAUAUUCAACGUCAGCACUGACGAAACACACACUACCUGCAGUACUGCUGCUGACCACCAGCCUAACCCUGCCAAGGAAGGCCCAGGUCCAUCAGGGGAGGAUGGCUGUACUGUGAAGAAGGCUCUGUUCUGUGUGUCUGGGAUGGCCAGCUGUGUACCUGUCCCCCAGGCAGGCCAGGCCCUCUUCCACGACUCAGAAGAGAUCUGCCAGUGUAAGAUCAGCCUGGCCCACACCUCCCAGACCAGCCCCAAGAGGAGCUGCAGCUCAGAGAGCAGAAUGGUGACCACAGCCGCCUCUGAUGCUGCUACUGCCACACAGACUGACCUGCUGCCAAAGACCCCCUUUCACAACUUCUCUGGCAACAUGGUGGAUAUGAUAGUGAGUGAAGCGUGUGAGCUGAUGACUGCCACAAAGAUGAAGAAGAAGGUGGAGGACUGUGCUGACUUCCUUUCUAAAGCCAUUGUUGGUCGGGGACCUCCAUCCAGACAGGAGGGUACUGUCACUGACCAGACCUCCCACUCCUCUCUCCACCCUCAUUCUCAGAACCCAGGGAGAGUGACCUCCAGGACCAGCAGAGCUGUCUCAGAGACCCGGCCUGUGAUGAUGAAGGACACUCUAGAGAUUCCAGGGUUGGAGAUGGACAGCCGGGAAGGCAGGAAGAUGGCCUCCGGUGAGGAGAUGGUUCCCGGCACUGGUUGCAAGUCCAGCGGGACCCCUGGUACGCCCCCCUCCACCCCCCAGCAUCCCAACAAGGUGUCCCAGGAGAAGCAGAUCAAGCAGUUCUCCAAGAAGCUGAAAGGCAAACUGGCCAAGGAGUUCUCUCCCGCCACCCCUCCUCCCACCCCACACUACCAGCCAGGGCCUGAGCCCAAAGAGUCUCCCUCUGAGAUGGACAAGGCUGACUUCAUGCUCAAACUGAUGAGGUCUCUGUCUGAGGAGGCAGACGGGAAUGAGGAAGAGGAGGGUGGAGUAGAAGGGCUUAACUCUGGAACCGAGACAGGAAACUGUCCGCAGCCAGAACUCAACCUAUUGGUUGGAGGACACAAGAUGGCCGACAAGGGAGCCCUCCAUUAUGCAGAGUGCCUGGCGUGCCACAUCAUCUCCAUGGCGACAGAGAUGGACACUCUGGGAGGAGUGGAGGAUAGAGGUAGGAGGAAGGUGGAGGAGAGAAGAGACAGCGUGGCCCAGUUCUCGGAGCAGACCCUGAACACGCUGUGGAUCUACGCUGGCGAGGUCGCGGGAGAGGUGAUCAGUGACGUGAAGAGGAUAAUGGGGUCAGGACAGUGUCGUCAAAUAUCAGUCAAACGAGCCAGCCAGGACUGGUCAGGGGAAUGCCCUCACCACCACAACCAACUCCAGCCCAGUGAACACAGCAGGGGCUGCAGAGUGGGUCAUCUGCCUGAACAGUGGUCUGCUGACCUCCUCUCCUCUGUCCUCCACCCGUCAAUUUCCACAUCUACUGCCAGCUCUGGCCUGUCCUCUGACUACCCCAGCUGUGAAAGUGUGACAGAUGAGUAUGCUGGCUACCUCAUCAGGCUGCUGAAGAAAGAGGGAGGCAGCAGGGAGCUGGUCCUGGAUCAGUAUGCCAGCCGUCUGGCCUAUCGCUCCAUCAAGCUGGGCCUGGCCCAUGCUGCCCGCAACAUGAAGAAGAGACCCUCCUCCUCCUCCAGGCACCACUCCUCCAGGAGGCUCCACCAGGAUGGCUGCAGGGGGCCCAACGCUGAGCUGUCUGUACCCAGGGACGAAGCAGGGAGAGUGGGAUCUCCUUCCAGCGACUCUGAUGAUGGGAGCCAGAGGGAGUACAUGGAGCUGGUGAACUUCGCAGAGUCGUUGGCGUACAACAUCACCUGUGACGUCACACGCAAACUCUGUGUGUCGUCAGACCGACUACCCAAGUCCCUGACUGACUCGUGUCUGUAUCAGAAAUACAAGCUGGAGGACAUGGCAGAGAACCUGAUUAGGAACUCCUUUUCAUGCCCCCUGCUGGCCAACGAGGGAAAGGGCAGGCAGUACCACAGCACAGGUUGCCUGGACGACGACGGAGGCUACAGCAGUGGAGUCAUGCAGGUCAUGGAGCACUAUGCCAGGAAGAUAGUGGACGACACGCUGGAGAUGGGCCUGGCCUCGGCCGGACUCCCAGCCCAACAGGGUCCAGACAGACACGCCCACUCUGAGAGACCGUCUGAGGGGGGAGCAGUGGGCUCUGUGCUGGGGGAGACAACCUGCCGAUACUGCCAGGUCAUCGAGUGUCCGUUCUGCUCGUGGCCUAGCAGGCAGUACAUCCUUGGGGCAGGAGCAGGCCAGAGGAGGAGGCCAGACGGGGAGGUGGGGGUGUGUGGCCUGGAGAUCCCUGAGAUCCACAUCGAUCUGGACCGCAGGACAGUGUUCGCAGAGGAGAUCGUCACUACGGCAAUGGAGGGGGCGAAACGAGAGCUGAGCAACACCAGCCUGAAUGCUGACAGCGGGAUCGGACACGACGGGCCAAGCUUUGCCGAGACUCUGACCGCAGAGAUCAUGACGUCCGCGCUGUCCAAUGCAUGCCAGACUGCCAACCUCAGCUCUCCAGGCAGGGAGGCCACAGAGUCCACGGUGUCCCAGCAGCUCAGUCUGAGUGUGGGAGAUGACAGUCUGGGCAGCUGGUCCAACCUUAGCUUUGAGGACGAGCACCCCGACGAGACCAGCAGCUUCCUGCACCUCAGCGACAGCAAUGGGAACAGCAGUAGUUGGAGCAGCCUGGGGUUAGAGGGAGAGAUGUAUGAGGAGCACCUGUCCUUCACUCCUUCCGACAGCGACUGCACUGAGGACAAGGAGCUUGAGACCAAGGAUGAAUCCUGCGGUUCUGUGCGUGUGGACCGGGGCCAGGCUCAGGCUCAUAGGCUCCUCCUGGUGGUCAACUCGGAGCUCAGGGAGAUUACCUCUGACCCACAGCACAUGACCUUUGACCCCCAGCUCAGGAGCAUGCUGCAGUGGGCGGCGGCCUCCAUUGCAGACCUGCCAAUGGUUCAGCUGGGUCAUAGUGGCAGCUGGGACCUGCAGCAGCUGCCUGUGGUGGUCCAGAGGCUGAAGGAGAGGGAGUGGAGGGUGGGAGAGCUGCUCCAAGCCCUGCUGCGCUACUGUGAAGAAACCUUCACCCCACCCCAGUCUGAACCCAGAGAGGAGACACCCCAGGCGGGGAGAGCACUCCACCACACUCCCCUCUUCCAGUGGCUCCUGGAGCACGCCUAGGCUGACUACACUUACCCUCACCUCUCGUUCCUCUCUCCUCUCUCCUCUCCUCUCUCCUCUCCCCUCCCUCC